GUGUUUUGUAAUUGAUUAUGGAAGGAAAACUAGAAAAUCAAAAAACCACAAAACAUUGCCACACUUUUGUGAGUCACUAAACAGGGAUUAUCUGCAUAGAUCUACAAUCUAUGAACAUCUUUAGCGGCAUCUUUAAGCAGGGAAUUUUUAAUUAAAGUAGAAAACAAAAAAAUGCUUGCUCUUUACAAGAUUCUUGCACUUAUAAAAGGAUAUCAAUUUUGCAUUCAAAAUCGUUUUCUUCCUUCUCAUAAACUUUUCUUGCCGACUCAUAAUGCAAAUUAAACUUUUGAAUCUCGUUUCUACCGCUUGCAUAUUCGCUUUCGUGUCUGCCGCACCUGUGGUCAACUCUGACGGUCUUGACGCUUCUGCUUUGAACGAUAUUGAAGUCGUCGGUCUUAAUGAUAUUCACCUUACCCGUCGGCAAAAUUUACCUUUUGGUGCUGUUGGUGGUUUUUCUGGUUCAGGUAGUGGUGGUGGUUUUCCUGGUUUCGAUUUUCUAGGUUCAGGUGGUGGUUCUUUUCCCUUCAAGCGAUAGUAUUUUUUUUUGUAUAUACCAACAAAGACGCUAAUGCAUCAGAAAAGAUGGUCUUUUAACAAUGAUUUAAAAGUUUAAUUUAAAAAGUGAGAAGGCUUGCUGUUCUUGAAGCAUCUAGAUAGCAAUUGAAGAAGAUUCCUUCCAUCAUAUCUUCUGGCCUCAAUGCUAUGAUGAGAUUACCAAAUGCAGGAACGCACGAAAAUUGUAAUUAUUCUGGUUUUUUUUUUAUGAAAAGAUGCUCAUUGACUAUUCGGUAAUACAC